CUCCUGCCUGGCUGAGUUAGCACUUCCCUGUGCUUCCAGGAUGACUCCAAGGAACAGCCUUUGCAUCACAGAACCGAGGGGGGGACACUGCAGCAGGUCAGAGGAAAUGUUAUUUAACGCUGGCUCCAAUCUCCUCCCACUUGCCUGUUUGGCUGGGGAAAAGAGAGAGGCAGAUCUGUAGGGAAGGAAUUAACCAGGGACUAACGCCAAGAGCCAAUACAGUCUAUGACAGCAGAGGCUGCCUGCUGCAGACUGCUACAGGAUUCAGGAAAGGAGACAGAGAAAUUCAAUCAGAUCGCCUGGAGAGGAAGGAGACUAUCUUCGGUAGAUUACUGCAGGUGGAAGGUUCUCUGAAGCACUGUUCUGGCACCAACUUGAUCAGCUGAAAAGACUAUUUCAUUCUGUGAUUGCCUGCUGACUGUGAAGUCCAGACAUAAAAGCUGGACAAACUGACAGAUCUUCCUGGUAACAAAUAUCACUGGAUCUUGCAGCCAGGAGUCGAUGCAUGGAUCUUUGCGUAUCCACCUAGCAGACUGAAAUGAUUAAGGCUUAAUAUCCCUAGCAAGCCCAGUUACUAAACCACUGGGAAAACUCCCUUCACGGUCCUCACGUGGAAAUGUGCCAGAGCUCACGGACAAGCUAAUCACACAAUUAGACACUGAAGUCGAACGAGGACACAACUGCUUUGGGGAGAAACUUGCACAUUUCCUACAACUACUGCAGUUACCCCAAGAAGCGGGGGAGUUAAUCAAUAUCUAUCUUUUUUUUUUUUCAACUCUCUGGUUUAUGUCUGAGGCCCUCGGAACUGGUUAAAACAGGUACAGCAGCUCCUGAAUAGAGAAGGUUAGUCUCAUUCAAAAUACAAAUGACACCUAAGUGAAAACAGCAGGUGGUGUUGUUCCUUUCUUUGAAAAAGCAGGGGAAGAACCUUGGGCACUGAGAACAAGUUACCUAGCCAGGUGGUGGUCAUCUUCUCCGAUCCAUUCAGGUUCUCGAUCUGGGACCGUGGGGGAACGGGAAACUUCUUCAAGGGUUCUGAAUUGUGCCACAUGACUAACACGAAGGACCCUAGGAGAGCCAUGGAUGCUUUACCUGUGACCUCCAACUCCGCUGCAGGCCCUGUUACUUUCUCACAGGUCUUUGGCCAGCAAUGUCAACUUAUGGAGGCAGCUGUGCAGUCUAUGCAUACCCUAAAUGACCAGCUCUCGCAUUUUAUCGUGAACAAGUCAAAAAUGCUGGAUGAGGACAAAGAUGCUUUCUUGCCUAGUGAAAAAGAGUCUCUGAAAAAUUCCAUGAUGCUGAUGAGACACCUCUUAAUGGAUGCACAGGCCAAAAUCCUGAACAUGAUGGAAGACAAUAAGCAGCUGGCGCUGCGGAUCGAUGGAGCUAUCCAGUCGGCCAGCCAGGAGAUGACCAACCUGCGAGCCGAGCUGACAGCCACCAGCAGGAGACUGGCCGAGCUGGGCAGCAGCCCCGCCGCCCCCUCGCUCAUGGAGAACAACCAGCACAACGCGCAAGUGCUGUUACGAGAAGAAGUGACCCAGCUUCAAGAGGAGGUUCACCUGCUCCGACAAAUGAAGGAAAUGCUAACAAAAGAUCUGGAGGAGACACAUGGCGGCAAGUCGACAGAGGUUCUCUCCGCCACUGAGCUCAAACUCCAACUGGCCCAGAAAGAGCAAGAGCUAGCGCGAGCCAAAGAAGCCCUACAGGCCAUGAAGGCAGAUCGAAAACGUUUGAAAGCAGAGAAGACAGACCUGGUAAGCCAAAUGCAACAGCUCUACGCCACACUGGAGAGCCGGGAGGAACAGCUACGUGACUUCAUCAGGAACUACGAGCAACACAGAAAAGAGAGCGAGGAUGCGGUGAAAGCACUUGCAAAAGAAAAGGAUCUCUUGGAGCGAGAGAAGUGGGAGCUACGCCGGCAAGCCAAAGAGGCGACAGACCACGCUAGCGCGCUCCGCUCCCAGCUGGACCUGAAAGACAACAGAAUGAAGGAACUGGAAGCCGAGCUAGCCAUGGCCAAGCAGUCCUUAGCCACGUUAACCAAGGAUGUCCCCAAGCGUCACUCAUUAGCCAUGCCAGGUGAGACCGUGUUGAAUGGGAAUCAGGAAUGGGUGAUGCAGGCAGAUCUCCCGCUCACAGCUGCUAUCCGGCAGAGCCAGCAGACGCUUUACCAUGCGCACCCCCAGCACUCAGCAGACCGACAAGCUGUCAGAGUGAGUCCGUGCCAUUCACGGCAGCCUUCCAUAAUCUCCGAUGCAUCGGCAGCAGAAGGUGAUAGGUCAUCGACGCCAAGUGACAUCAACUCGCCCCGGCAUCGGACGCAUUCCCUCUGCAAUGGGGAUAGUCCUGGCCCGGUACAGAAGAACUUGCACAACCCAAUUGUACAGUCUCUAGAGGACCUCGAAGACCAAAAACGAAAAAAGAAGAAAGAGAAGAUGGGGUUUGGUUCCAUCUCCAGGGUAUUUGCCAGAGGGAAGCAGCGGAAAUCCCUAGACCCGGGCCUCUUUGAUGAUUCCGACAGCCUUUCCAGCCCCACUCGCCUAAGCCUCAGCCUGUCUGAAGGGGAGGAACAGGUAGACCGGCUGCAGCAGGUGGAGCUGGUCCGCACCACGCCCAUGUCCCACUGGAAGGCAGGCACCGUGCAGGCAUGGCUGGAGGUGGUCAUGGCUAUGCCCAUGUACGUCAAAGCCUGUGGGGAGAACGUCAAGAGCGGGAAGAUGUUGCUAAGUUUGAGCGAUGAAGAUUUGGCAACAGGGCUUGGCGUCUGUAGCUCCCUUCACCGCCGCAAACUCAGGCUGGCAAUAGAGGAUUACAGGGACGCAGAAGCGGGCAAAUGCUUGUCUAAAGCCUCUGAACUGGAUCACCACUGGGUAGCCAAGGCCUGGCUGAAUGAUAUUGGGCUGUCUCAGUAUUCCCAGGCUUUCCAAAAUCACCUCGUGGAUGGAAGGAUGCUGAACUCGCUGAUGAAACGAGACUUGGAGAAGUACCUUAAUGUGUCUAAAAAGUUCCACCAGGUCAGCAUAUUGCUGGGAAUAGAGCUGCUUUUUCAAGUCAACUUCAGCAAAGAGGUUCUGCAAGAGCGGAGAGCUCGCUGUGAGAUCCAGAACGUCGAUCCGCUUGUCUGGACAAAUCAACGGGUACUCAAGUGGGUGCGGGACAUUGACCUGAAGGAGUAUGCGGAUAACCUGAUGAACAGUGGCGUGCAUGGGGCUGUGCUAAUCCUGGAGCCCACGUUCAAUGCAGAAGCCAUGGCCACAGCUCUGGGCAUCCCAAGCAGCAAGCACAUCCUGAGGCGGCACCUGGCAGAGGAGAUGAACGCCAUCGUUAACCCAGACAACCCUACAGGUGUUCUAGAGAGCGAGCGGUAUGGAGCGUCGACUCUCGUCCAACAGGGUUCACUCAGGCGCACCUCCAGUGCUACCAGGCAGAGCAAGGAGGAGGGGAGCAGCUUAAAAUGCAAAGCAAGCAGGCUUCCCCUGGGGAAAAUUGGAAGGGGAUUCAGUGGAAAAGACACUGAUUGCCAUGACGACUAUGGAUCUCUCAAAAACGAAGAGUGCUGUGAGGAGAUGAAGCUAAGUAGGCCAGAGCAGUGCCGCUUGGAACGCUUUGGUAGUCUGGAAGUCACCAAUGUGUAAGGAAUUGGAUUGUUCAGGCCAGACAGGACUCGCUGAAGUCAACGGUGACAUUGUGGCCAGUAAAUGGGAAGGAAAUCUCAAGAGGAUGAAUGAAACGCACACUUCUUGGGUUGUACAUAUUGUAGCCGUUGCUAGAGGCAACUCCGUUCAAACCUAACACGGUGGCAUGUCUUUGUUUAAAGUGUCUGUAUUGUGUUAAUGCUGGGGGACCCAGAUAAACCCAGUGCUGAUUCCCUAUAGUAAAAGAUUUCCAGCAAGCAUUCCAGAAAAUUUUCAGAGCCCAACCUGGGCCCCCUGUGAAAUGAUAGUGAUGCCCAGCCAAUGACCUGACUGAUCCAUUCCUCUCUCUGGGUGGGCCCCCCAAAAAUACAAAACGCACUCAUGGGAUGACUGUGGGCCCCCAGGACUGCCAGUUUGAAUGGGGCAGGAAAGACCAGCCCCAGUGAGAUUGCUCCCAGUUGUCAUCACCCAGCAUCAGCCCAUCACGUUUGUCUACUGCUUUGACGUCGCACUGGGGAGGAAGGAUAAAAAGAGAGAGGAAACAUGAGGAGGAGGCGAAAUUAGGUGAAUGAAAAUCAACCCGUACUUUGGAACAGGGUGGGGAGCCGGGAAGGAUAUGGCCCUUUGGGGCACCCUCCAUGCUGCCACUGACCCUCAUUAUGCAAAGUGGUGAACACCUGCUGGGAGCGCUGCAGGAGAUCAGUGGGAAGUGAGGCAGUGAAAUGCCUCCCACUCAGAACCUUGAAGGAUCGGCCCUUUCAUUGUUCUCCAGUGCAUAGAUCCCAUGGUGAGCCCUGCUUUAGAAAUACCAUGGAUAGACAGUAAUGUCAGGCAGGGGCUGUACUUCCUCAUCUGAAGUCACUUCAGCAUUGUGCAGCAAGAGUUCAAAAACCUGACUCACCUCUCAGCCUCUGGGGCACUCACAGCUUCCGAAAUUGACAGAUACCAUCUGUAGGAGCAGCCCUACUCUUUCAGCCUGCAGUCCCAUGUGAUUUCACCAACAUGGGCAAACUUUCAGUGCCUGGGUGGGAUACCUGCUAGGAAGUGUCUGUUGCGACGAGAAGCAAUGCCGGCGAUUCCAUAGGUGACAUUCUUCCCUGUGAGUCAGUCCUGAGCCAGUGCCCCGGCACGGCGUUAAGGAGCAUAUGCUGUUGGAGGUGUCCUCGCUCCAGUUAAAAAUGUGGAAAGAUGAGCUCCUGCCCACAGAGUGUUGGUCCUGAUAUCUUGGCCAAAUUCAAACCUUGGUACACACAUUGUGCUGAGCUUCUUAUAAUAAUUCCCUUCCCUCCCUAUGAAUGAUUGUUUAGCGUGUCUGGCAUAGAAUGGGUGCUGUCUUCCUCUCCAGAGCUGGAUGCACUUCAGCCGUGACAGAGCAAGCUCUUUGCUGCAGUCUGUAAAGCACUUUGGGGACUUUCUGGCUCAGUGGUUCUGUAUUAUUAUCAGUAUGGUCUUACUGUGGAACGAUUAUUGCUACAAAUUUCUGGGCCCAAAGGAUGCUUUUGUUUAUUUAUUAGAAGUUAUGGGAGCUCAUCGGGGCUCUGGGUUCUAAGUAAAUGUUUUCUUUUGGUGAAACAUAUUGUCGGGCAGGCAGCUGUUGGGUUUGUUUUAGGCAAAAUGGCCUCGCUCCAGCUCUGCCAGUUUCCACCAUCUGAGGAUCUGGCCCAGUACAGUCAAGUGGCUCACUAAGGGGAAGUGGCUCAGAGUGGCUCACAGUGAGGAAAGAUCAAUUUUACACAUUUAAGGCCACAGAGUAGCUGUCAGACAAGCCUUUUGGAAAAUUGAAAUGAAGAGAUUCCCUGGGACUACAAGGUUCAUUAGCAUGAAUGGCGAAAAAUGAAAGGCAGGGGGGAAGAUCAAGCAAGCGGAAUAUGAAACUCAAAUCUCUGUCCGGAGGAGAACAUCACUUACAACACGUAUUUUCUGCUUCA